AAAAACAAAAAACAAUAACAAAAAAAAAACUGUGUGUCCAAAAUUGAUCAAGAACUCAUAAAUUACAAAGAGAAAUCAAAAAUCCUCUAGUUGGCAAAUCUCCGGCGAUCAUCUUUCUGUUUUUGUUACUCCUCGAGUUUCAGACAUGACGGCUGCGAAGCUCGUGGCUUCGUUACUACUCCUCGCCUUGGUUUUCACCACCGGUGUCUUUUCCGAUGCCGAAAUCGACGGCGGUGAAGAACCCAAGCCCGCCGGAUCCGACGGCGGUGUAACUUCCGCUUCUGAGAUCAAAUUGGAUCAGCUUAAUGCUAAAAUCCGUGUCCUAGAAUCCCAAAUUGAUGACAAAACCAGAGAACUUAAAGGGAGAGAGGAAUUAGCAGCAGAGAAGGAGAAGCUUCUUCAAGAGAGACAAGACAAGGUUUCUUCCUUGGAGACUGAGGUUUCUUCACUAAGAAAAAAAGGUUCAUCAGAUUCUGUGGAAUUGUUGGGGAAAGCUCAAGCAAGAGCUGCUGAAUUAGAGAAGCAGGUUGAGGUGCUUAGGAACUUUCUUGAGCAAAAGAACAAGGAGAAAGAAUCCACAGAAGCUCGGACUAGUGAAGCCGAGAAAAAACUAAAGGAAUUGCACUCGAGAGUGGAGAAACUUCACAAGACUAAUGAAGAGCAAAAGAACAAAAUACGAAAACUUGAGCGUGCUCUUAAAAUUUCUGAGGAAGAAAUGUUGCGGAUGAGGCAUGAAGCAGCCACAAAGGCUAAGGAACUGCUGGAGGUUCAUGGCUCGUGGCUCCCCCCUUGGCUUGCUGUACACUGGAUUAAUUUUCAGGUUAGGUUAAUAGAAUCCUACCUUGAGACCUUUGUCCACCAGCUCUUGAAUACCAUCUGGGUCUUUAUCAAAGAUGAAGCUGAAAAGUGGGCUGAACCUCACAUGGUUAAUGUUAAAACUAAAUAUAUUCCAGCCAUUAAAGAGACUGUCAAAACGCAUGUUGAGCCACACGUACAAACACUAUCUACCAAAGCAAAAGACGCUUACCAUGCUUCCAAGAGUGCUGUUACUCCACAUAUUGUCAAGUUUCAAGAACAUGUAGAUCCCUAUUACCAGGAGGCUAAAAAGUUUAGCAAGCCAUAUGUUGAUCAGGUGGCUACGGCCACAAAACCCCAUGUUGAUAAUGUUAGAGCUACCAUGAAGCCUUACACAAAGAAAGCUAUUCACUACUACAAAGAGUUCCUAAAAUCUGCCACAACGUAUCACCAUCAGGUUCAAGCCAAUGUGGAAAGAAAAUUGAAGAGUCAUGAGCUGUCGGAACCUUUUGCCACCAAAGAGUUCAUUUGGUUUACAGCCUCUGCUUUGUUGGCGUUACCCAUUUUCAUAGUGUACAAAUUCCUCUGCUCUCUCUUCUGCACAAAGACAAAGAAGCCUAUCCGACAGUCUCAUCAGCAUGGUCGUCGUAGAGCCAAACGGAGUCAUUCGGACAAGUGAAGUAACAUGAUUUCUGCUGUUUUCACUCUGAAAAUAUUAGUGGUAACGACGUGUUUUGAUGCGGUUUCUUUGUGCCUCAGCAACGGGCAUAUGUUGUCUAAACAGCCCAUGUUAGGUAUCUGAGGGUUUUUUUUUUGUGAUGUUUUUCUAUUGAAGCUCUCUGUGCAGAAGUGUUUCUUCACUCUCUUUUUGAGAUGCCUUUUGGAUAAAGUUUUCAGUCUUUUUAUACAGAGAAGAUUAGACAUCUUAGAAGAAAUGUGUAGUAAACAGCUUGGUUUAUGUAUUUUGUGGAUAGAUUUGGGACUUGAUCUUCUACUAUUUAAAAGCUAUUACUCUCGUCUAAUCCUUUUUACCGAUUCUACGGAUACUUUGGUCUCAA